CUGACACUUCAACAACACCUUGAAGAAACCAUGAGUCUACUCAAAAUAAUUGCAUGGAUAGCCCUUUUGGCAUCGGUCAUUGCACACAAGCAAUGUUCUAAAAAUGCCAACCUUUUGAAAAGUAUCCAAUAUCAACUAAAGUUGGUUGAGAGUUCUGAGGGAAGAUGUGACUGUGGAUCAAAAGACAUAAACAAUAAUAAAAUGGUUGGAUUUCUAGCUAAGAGUUCCAAAACACUACACAAUUUAAAAGGAGUAGUGGUCUUUGAUUCAGUUGUCACUAAUACUGGUGGUGGAUAUGAUUCUUCCAACGGAAACUUUGUUGCCCCAUAA